UUCCCAAUCUCGAUCUCCCUCUCUCUCUCUCUCUCUCUCUCUCUUUCUCUCUUUCUCUUUUUCUCUCUCUUCCUUCUACCUAGCUCUCUCCGUCGUCUCUUAAUUUCCUCAAGAGAAAGGCCUAAUAGAACUAUUAUUUCGAUCUAGCUAGCUCUCCGCGGCAUCUGCACUCGCCAUGGCCUCAAGCUCGGACCCAGAGGCCAUGGAAACUGAUGAGGCCCCAAUUCCCACCGUCUCGGUCGAGAAGAACCCGUCCGAGUCGCGCUUGUCACAGCUCGGCAUCAAAUCAUGGCCCAAGUGGGGUUGUCCCCCGGGGAAGUUCCCUGUGAAGUACGAUGCUAAAGAGACGUGCUAUCUUCUCAGAGGAAAGGUGAAGGCCUACACGAAAGGUUCUUCAGAUUGCGUGGAGUUCGGUGCCGGAGACCUUGUAGUCUUCCCCAAGGGGCUCAGUUGCACCUGGGAUGUCUCUGUUGCUAUUGACAAGCACUACAAAUUCGAUUCAUCUUAGCUAGCUCUCUACAUCUUUCCUUCCCCACUUCUUCCUUAACUUCUUUGUUUCUUUUAUAUUAAUGUUAAAUUCCUCCCAAUCCAAUUCUUGGGAAUUAGUUUU